AUGGAGCACAUUAGAAACUUUUACUCGACAAUACUGAAAUCGUCCCAUCCUCUGACUUUGUCAGUGCAUUUGGCCGGCAAAGCAGUACCAAUUGUCUUCUAUAUAUUGGGUUCAAUUUUUUUCUCUUUCACAGCACAAUUCAUCACUAUUGUGCUAUUGCUGGCGUGUGAUUUUUACAUUACCAAGAAUAUAAGUGGUCGUAAGCUAGUGCAACUGCGCUGGUGGUACGACUCAACAGGUGUGUCUGGCAAAACACUAACUUUUGAGUCGCACAAACAGUAUCCACCUAGCACCAUACCAAUCAAUGCCAUUGAUUCAAAAUUGUUUUGGUGGUCCAUCUACCUAACGCCUAUCGUUUGGAUCGUUUUUGCAAUUAUGUGCAUACUAAGAUUGAAACUAUUCUACCUAGUGCUAGUUUUAGUGGGCAUCUGUCUAACUGGUAUCAACGCCUACGGAUUCCGCCAAUGUAACAGCUGGGAACCUACCACGGACUCCAACACUGCAGAAAAUGAUUCCUGGUUCCAAUUACCAUCCAUCCCAGGACUAGACAACCUUGGAGCAAUAGCUCAGGUAUCAUCGUUCUUCCAACGUUCAACUUAG